UAUGUGCCUGAGCCUCAUUAUGAAUUUUGCAUAUUGCUGGAAGAAGAAGACAUUGUCGCCAUUCGGCAGAGCAACACGAAGAUGGCGACGUUUGCGGCUAACUUGUCAACCCUUGGUGGAUUCGCUUUUGAGAACUGUAAAAGAAAUGGCUUCCUGGCAUUAAAAGCGAAUGAAGUUGGCUGUUAUUUGCCUGCUGCUCGUAAAACUGGAACUACUAUCUGCGGUGUGGUGUUCAAGGAUGGCGUUGUCCUUGGAGCUGAUACUCGAGCCACUGAGGGCAUGGUAGUGGCAGACAAGAACUGCUCCAAGAUACACUACAUCUCACCUAAUAUUUAUUGUUGUGGAGCAGGAACAGCUGCAGACACAGAAAUGACCACUCAGAUAAUUUCCUCCAAUCUGGAGCUACACGCCCUCUCCACAGGCCGACUGCCACGUGUGGCCACCGCUAACCGCAUGUUCAAGCAAAUGCUUUUCAGAUAUCAGGGCUACAUUGGUGCAUCUCUGGUUCUUGGUGGAGUGGACUGUAACGGUCCUCAUCUUUACAGCAUCUACCCUCAUGGCUCUACAGACAAGCUUCCAUAUGUCACCAUGGGUUCUGGUUCCCUGGCUGCAAUAGCAGUUUUCGAAGACCGAUACAAACCUGAUAUGGAGGAAAAGGAUGCCAAGGCACUCGUGCGUGAUGCCAUCGCUGCAGGAAUAUUCAAUGAUCUGGGUUCUGGCAGCAACAUAGAUCUGUGUGUGAUCACCACUGAUAAGGUGGAUUACAUCCGACCCCAUGAUGAGGCUAACAAGAAAGGUUCCAGAACUGGUGACUACAAGUACAAAAGGGGAACAACAGGUGUCUUGACCAAACUGGUGACGCCACUGAACCUGGAUGUGAUGGAGGAAAGUGUGCAAACCAUGGAUACUUCCUAGAGUAUUUACCCAUUGUAUUUUUUGAAAUUAAAUGCUGUGGCUUAGUUGUCAUUAAAUGCAUCUUUUUCCUGCUGUAA